AUGGCUGAGGGGCUCUCAAAAGCCCUGACCUUCUAUGAGAAGGGGGCCGUGGUGGUGGCGCUACAAGGCCAAGGCCGCGGCGGCAGUGGCAGAGGCGGUGGCUUCCGUGAGAGCCACCCGCAAGGCGGCCAGGGCCAAGGCCCAAGCCCCUCUGCCAAUAACAGCAGCGCGCCUGAUAUGGCCGGGCCGGCUCCUGCUGACAUGGCAGGCGCUGAGUCAUCCGGCGGUAAUGACGUGGCAGAGCGAGUCAUUCUGGCGGGCAGGACGGCAGUGAGGGCACUGCUGGCCCAGGCGGGCAGUUUGAAGCAACUGGGCAGGCUGCCCUAUGCCCUGGAGGCAGGCAGUUGA